GGACUUCGGAGGGCAGGAAACAGGUGAGGAGGGUGUGAUUGGAGAUGAUGAGAGUAGCCGAUGAUCGGGCACGAGAAAAAAACGACAGACCGUACAGAACGAGCCGUCGACGAAGCAUCCCGAACGGGACGGGAAAUGCCGGGCAAGGAUGACGGGGCAGGGGUGAGGCACGGGGCCGGCCCGGGUGGAGAGGAAACGGGUGACGCCGAUGGGGCGGGGAGAGGAGCCCGGCAGCAGCAUGACCCAGGGGGGUGUAAAAGGAAGGCGCUGGCCGAGGGGUCUUCAUUCAUCGAGCCGGGUCAGAACAUUCCACUUGUACACUGCGGAAUCGAGCACAUUUACAGACGAGCAAGAUGGCGUUGAAGCUCGGAGAUCUGGCGCCUUCGUUCGUGGCCGAGACGACACAGGGCGAGAUCGAUUUCCACAAGUACAUCGACGGAUCGUGGGCGAUUCUGUUCUCGCACCCGAAUGACUUCACGCCCGUGUGCACGACCGAGCUGGGCGCCGUGGGCAAGUUCAUGCCCGAGUUCGAGAAGCGCGGCGUGAAGGUGCUGGCGCUGAGCUGCAACGACGUGGAGUCGCACAAGGCCUGGAUCAAGGACAUCGAGAGCUUCACCCCCGAGGCGCAGGUCUCGUACCCCAUCAUCUCGGACCCCAAGCGAGACUUGGCCGUGCAGUUCGGCAUGCUGGACCCCGACGAGCAGGACGCGGCCGGCAUCCCCCUCACCGCUCGUGCCGUCUACGUCUUCGGCCCCGACAAGAAGCUGAAGCUGUCCAUCCUCUACCCGGCCACCACCGGGCGCAAUUUCCACGAGGUGCUGCGCGUGAUCGACUCGCUGCAGCUCACCGCCAACCACAGCGUGGCCACUCCCGUCAAUUGGAACGCCGGCGACAAGUGCAUGGUCGUGCCCGGGCUCUCGAACGAGGCGGCCGCUGCCAAGUUCCCCAAGGGCUUCGAGACCAUCGAGGUCCCGUCGGGCAAGCAGUACAUUCGCCUGACUCCCCAGCCCAACAUCUGAAGCGGCGCUGCACGAAUCACAGCGUUCUCGGGAGGCGCUGUGGAGCCAGGGGGAGUUCGCCCGCCCGAGCGUUUCUUGGACGUGGCUGGCAUCGCGAUCUUUCACAGCGUGAUCUUUGUAAGUACGUAGGAACCCCGACGGUCACAGGAACCUGGAAGCAGCUGACAGCGAUCCCCUGCCGAAGGUCCGUCCUGCUGCUGGAGAUCUUUAGCAUCCGCGUAUAGGGCUAGCUAACGCUAGUCGGCAUUCUCCGGCGCAUGAGCUUCACUCUGAGUCCAUCCUCCACGGUGCCUUUCUGAGUUUUGUACAGAUACUGCUCGUUGCGCUGAUUCCCUUUUUACCCAAGGAGAGGUCUGGGUACUUACUGCACACGAGUGUAAGUGCUCAGCCUCGCUGUCAACUUUCGAGCUUCCUCAUGCGCACUCACAGCUCUACACAGAGAGAAACUUUCCUGUAUUCCUUUUUAUAGUAAUCAAGAUGUAAACAACGAAGGACCCUCUCGCGUGACUGGGGUGUAUCUCUUGCAAUUUCUUUCUCGCACAAGCGCAGCUGAUGUCGAUGCUUUCUUGUGCGGUCAUGAUUCGGCUUUGGAUUUGGAUGGGGAACAGUUUGUCCUGAUCGCUCAAUUAUGGCAUACAUCUUGUAGGCUGGGGUUUACCUUGCCCGAAUGUAGUCAUUAAAAUCUAAACCUGGUUGCUGAUUUCUGGGUACUUUUCUUAGAGAUGGUAAUGCAGUGAUCACUCCUGUGAG